AUGGGUAAGGGAAAGCCUCGUGGUCUUAACGCCGCUCGCAAGCUCCAGGCCAACCGCAAGGAGCAGCGUUGGGCCGACCUGCACUUCAAGAAGCGCCUUCUCGGUACCGCCUACAAGUCCUCCCCCUUCGGUGGUGCUUCCCACGCCAAGGGUAUCGUCCUUGAGAAGGUCGGUGUUGAGGCCAAGCAGCCCAACUCCGCCAUUCGCAAGUGUGUCAAGGUCCAGCUUAUCAAGAACGGCAAGAAGGUCGCUGCUUUCGUCCCCAACGACGGUUGUCUGAACUUCAUCGACGAGAACGACGAGGUUCUCCUGGCCGGUUUCGGUCGUAAGGGCAAGGCCAAGGGUGAUAUUCCCGGUGUCCGUUUCAAGGUCGUCAAGGUUUCCGGUGUCGGUCUGCUCGCUCUGUGGAAGGAGAAGAAGGAGAAGCCCCGCUCCUAA